AUGCUAUUGUUAGAUCUUCCUCUCACUACAGACUUCAAUCUUACUCUCACUACAAACUUCAAUCUUCCUCUCACUACAGACUUAGAUCUUCCUCUCACUACAGACUUAAAUCUUCCUCUCACUACAGACUUAGAUCUUCCUCUCACUACAGACUUAGAUCUUCCGAUGUCAAGACUUAAAUCUUCCUCUCACUACAGACUUAAAUCUUCCUCUCACUACAGACUUAGAUCUUCCUCUCACUACAGACUUAGAUCUUCCGAUGUCAAGACUUAA